AGGAUGGCUCCUCACAUCUAGUGACGCGUCGUGCAUGGCUGGCAACGAAAUCAUCUUCAUUCUGGCGCGCAAGCCUUGGAUUGGUGUCCAGAGUUCCCGUACGAGUGGGAUGCCGCCGCGGAGGCAGAUGUGUGUUGGCCCAGCGCAUGUGGCGAAUACCAAUUCGAAUAAGCGCCGCGAUAGGUCCCCGUUUCUGGAUCUCAAUGUCAACCCUGGCGGAGUCUACGACAUGGACCAUUGACUCAAUUCAUCCCAUUUUUUGCCUUCUGUUGUAUAUUUUGAACCCCGUUUUAAUAUUUAAGCUCUGGAUCGCAGCCCAGGGUCCCUGUCUUCUUUUCUUCUUUUCACCCUCUUUCCUGCGGUACACGAUGGACUCGGGAAAACUACCAAACUACAAAUCGUCAUACUUGUUCAGGUUCCAUCCUUACGCGAGAGUGAAGCCCUCCGCCCGCGAGAGAGUGAUGGCUGUUCUGUACACCUCUGACGACAAUGGCUUUUUUUCUGAGGACCAACGCUUUAUUCCAUCGUAUCGAACUGCCGUCUCGGACCCUAAUCCGUCUACUGUCAUCGCUCCGAACCUGGAUGACGUUGUCAACCUCACGGACUCUGUCGAUGCGCCCCGACGGAAGCUGAGCAUGUCCACCCUAGUGGUAGACCUGGCGCUGUUGAUGUGUCGCAAGCCAUCCCCUACCGAUUGAUCGUGAGCACGGAGGGUUAAUCCCAGCUUCAGCAAUGACUUCUGUCCUGUAUAACUUUGUGACCUCUAUCUUAAUUACACUUCCCUCCUCUCCUUCGUUGACCUAA